AGGAGAAAAGAUUAAUUAAUGAGCAUUGUAUUGUAGGGUACAAAUUCAAGAACUUUCUUUUAUUAAGCAGUAUGAGUAUGACUUUUGUCACUGACUCACUGGGUUAUGGUUAUCCAAACAGACCUUUAAAGGUUUAUUAGCAUGUGUCUUUCUUUGUCAUGCUCAAGAAACUAACCCAUUAGAAAGAAUUACAUAAGGGCAAGUACUCUAGCAACAAUAACCAGAAAGGAAUAGACAUGACCCCAAUACCAAGCAAACUUUAUGAGGCCAAUUCACUGAUAGCCAUGUGCAAAAAGUGUACUACACCAAAGAGAAAGAGAAAGAGAAAAGACACUUAAACCCCAUCUUUCCUAUCUAAUCUAAUACUUAUGUGAUCAAAAAGUGCAUGUACAGCUCUAAAGCCUUGCAAAUCUUGUUAUUUAACACUAGUUUAUAAGUGGCUUUUUCUCACAUUGAAAUAUAUUAAUGAUCUUCUCUUGCUCAUUAAAGUUGUAUUAGGACCCAAAGCUUAGUUUGUUGUUUAGUUCCAGUUGAGUGAGGAGGUCAUUUCAGUAUUCCAACUUUUUGCCAUUAAAUAAUUUAGGGAAUCUCAACUACUAAACCAGAUGGUCUUUCACCAUAGAUAGACAUUUAAUAGUAGUAAUAGUAUUUGUAGACAAACUGUUUGAGAAAACUUGCCAACAAUAGAUGGGUAUCACUAGGGGGCUGGUUAGGAACGUCUUCACAAAAAACCGGGCUUCUGGGACUCAUGAUGCCACUGGAAUCAGAAACAAUAUGAUGGAAAAGAGAAGAUGGAACUCUGUCAGAUCAUAUCUAUGUGGGGAUGAAUUGUUGAAUUCAGUCAUUGCUGAGGAUGAUUAUGGUUCUUUCAGGAGCUCUGGGGCUAGUACAAUCACUUUCACCCAGCACAACUCAGUCAUUGCAGAGAAGGAUUCAGCUUCACAUAAUAGCUCUGAAGCUAUAGUCUCACAGCUAACUUCAGUCCUUGAAGGGGACAAUGAUUCGUGUUCAGUUAAGAGCUCUGAAGCUACCGUUACACAACCACUAAGAGAUAACUGUGUAGCUAUAUCAGCAGGAAUCCAAAGAGAAGAAACGAAGCACGAUGUACAAGCUCAAAGCCUUGACUCAGCCUCAGUCUCCAAAGUUAUGAAAGAAGAACAAGCAGCAACAAUGAUACAGUCAGCAUUUAGAGGCUUUAUGGCUAGGUGUCCAAGGGAAGGAACAGAGUUAAGGGGUGGUGAUAAGGAGCACAAAGUUGGAAAUGAAAGCCCAGAUUUGGAGUCUCUUGGUACCUCAAUUGAAGCUCAAACAGGAAAUUCAACAGAAACUUUCUCUGCUCAAGGAGAUCGAAACGUUGUUCCUCAGAUGCAACAGAAACUCAGAAACCAAGUGAUAAAGGAAGACUGGGAUGAUAGCACUGUCAGCAGCAACAUUUCCAAAAUGAGGAUUCGAAACAGAUUAGAGGCAACCACAAGGCGUGAGAGAGCGCUAGCUUAUGCUUUUUCACAACAGCUAAGAAUCUGCUCUAAGAAGAAAGAGAUGCAAUCAAAUGGCAAAGAACCCCACAUGGGUUGGAGCUGGUUAGAGCGAUGGAUGGCAACCCGCCUACCGGAAAGCUCCUCAGUUGAAAGCCGUGUGAAUAAACCAGUGGUGGAUUCAAUGCAAAGAAACCAGAUGUUCAAAACCGACAAUAGAUUUUUCGAUUUAGCAGGAGAAGAGAAAGAGAGCUGUGGUUCAAAUGAAGUGUCUCUCUCCUUUGAUACUCUCUCAGUAAAAUCAGCAAAUGACAGAGAUGGUUUCAAGCCAGCUAGAAACAGAAAGACAACGAGAACUGUUUCAAGGCGCAAAACCGUGCCGAGCUAUCAGUGCCAAAAAGAUUAUACCAAGGUGAAAAAAGAAGGAUCGCUUAAUGGAGGUUUUAAAAGACAAAGGCACCAAGCACCAUGUUAAUACCCUCAACUUAGUAAUUCCUGAUCUUAUAAAAAUUUGUGAAUAAGUUUUCUCUCUACUUGGAAUACUUUAGCGUGAACUUUCUAAUAUAACUGUAUUACCUAGUAAAACUUUAUGAACUGUGACAAUUAUUGUAUGUGAGUAAAUCGUAUAGAACAUUAUAUGGGGUAGGAAGAUCUAAGGAUCUCUCAUGCUUCUCUAUUAACUAUUAAAUUGACCUGGGUUUGAUAAGGUGGAAAAUGUAUGAAGUGUGUAAGGUAAUUUUAUUCUACUAGUAGCGUUCUAAAUUUGUCAAAUAAA